AUGUCUAAAACUAAAUCGGAAGUUUGGAAAUAUUUUGAAAAAAAAACUAAUGGCUGUGCAAUGUGUAAAGUCUGUGGUAAAAUACUACGAACUUCUGGCAACACUUCAAAUUUGAUGGGACAUUUAAAUAAGAUGCAUAAACUACCACAUGAUACAAAUUUGAAAUCUCUAAAUAAAAAAGAAAAAGCCAUGAGUUCACAUUGUACUCCUGGAACCUCAACUGAAACCGAAAAUAAUGAUAGUUCUAAUGUAUUACCUUUUGACGCAUCUCUAUCAACUAACACACUGUCUUCGAGUUUAAGUACCUCCUCAAGUGUUACUGGACAUUUCUCCAAUCAGCCUACUCUGGAAUGGUCACUUAAUAAAAUAUCCAGUUUUUCAAGUGGUGGACAGAAACACAUUAAAAUAACUGAAGCGAUUAUAUAUUUUAUCUGCAAAGAUAAUCAACCGUUUUCAGUCGUUGAGGAUAUAGGCUUUGUGAAACUAAUGAAAGAAGUUGCACCGUUAUAUAAGGUUCCUACUCGAAACACUGUAAAAGCUCGAAUCCUUCAAAAAUAUGAUGUCGUAUCAUCAAACUUUAGAUGUAUCUUAAAAGAAAUAGAAAACAUAACUGUAACUACAGAUAUUUGGUCAGAAAUGAUGACAACUAAAAGCUAUCUUGGAGUUACAAUACAUUUUAUUUAUUUGUCAAAAUUGUGUUCUGCGGCAUUAGGUAUUUUUGAAUUGUCAAAAUCUCAUUCAGCUAGUUAUAUUUCUGAUGAGCUUUUAAAUGUAAUGCAUUUAUGGAAUAUACCCAAAUCUAAAAUUUUGGCUGUAGUGACGGAUAAUGAUUCAACAAUGCUGAAAGCAAUCAAAGAAAAUUUUGGGGAAAAUAGACAUUUACGAUGCUUUGCUCACUCGAUCAACUUGGUCGCCGAAGGAUCAAUAAAAAAAGUUGAUGGUUUAAUAGAUUUAAUUAGUAAAGUAAGAAACAUUGUAAAGUUUAUAAAAAGAAGUGUAAACUGUUCUGAUGAAUUAAGACAAUUUCAAGAAAAAGAUGGAAACAAUAUAAAAAAGCUUAUUUUAGAUAUUGUUACAAGAUGGAACUCGGUUUAUUACAUGUGUAAACGAUUUUUAGAACUAAAAGAAGUAAUUAAUCAAAUUGUAUUAAAACAUGUGAAUGCACCUCCCAUGUUGAAUGGCCAAGAUAUUGAAAAUAUCAAACAAAUCGUAAAUAUUUUAGAAAUUCUCGAAAAAGUAACAUCAGAAAUUUCGGGACAAAAAUAUGCAACAAUGAGUUUAGUUAUUCCAAUUAUAAGUUGCAUCAACGAUAAAUUGAAUACCGUGUUACCAACUUCCAGAAUUGGAGUAGAGUUAAAAACUGCUCUAACUGUCGAGAUGAAAAAACGGUUUGAAUUAAUUGAGCUAAAUUAUUUAUUGUCUGUUUCAACUAUACUUGAUCCUAGAUUCAAAAACAUACAUUUUAAAGAUUCUGUUGCACUUUCAAAACAUCUAAGGUUUAUAAAUAGUUCAAUAAAUGGUAUGGUAAGUUUACCAGCAGAAGAAGAUUACCAUUCAACUGACUCUGCCUCAACUUCAGAAUCUGGUACUAUAGACUUAUGGGGACAUCAUAAACAAUUGGCCCAAAAAUCUUUAAAAAAGUAUGUUGAUAAAACUAAUAUAGGAAAUCAAAAACAUUUAGGACCUGAAUUAACCAUGUAUUUAUCUACACCUGUAUCAUCAUUAAAAACUGAUCCAUUGAUUUCUUGGGAAGAAUUAAAACCCCUGUAUCCAUUUAUAUAUAAUUUAGCCUUAAAAUAUUUAUCUGGUGUCUGUACGUCUGUCCCAAGUGAAAGGCUUUUUUCUUGUGCUAGUAACACCAUAUCAAAAACAAGAAACAGAUUAUGUGGGAAAUCGGCAUCGAAAUUAAUUUUUUUAAACAAUCUGGACGAUCAAUUUUGGCCAUAA